AAGUAAGUUAAAGAAUAAUCUAAGAAUGGUAGAUCUGGUAUGCAGCGUAGUUUUGGAGUAUUGGAUAGUGCUGAUAAGCCUUUAAGUCUGUAAAUUCUUUUAGUUGCCUAAACAUGCUUUGGAAAGUUGGAAGUUUGUUUUCUAGUGUGAAUUUAUGUCCCUGCAGGCACUAUUAACUCUGCUUGAGUUAUGUUUGUAAGUCUACAGGGCUACAGCCUGAGGCAGGAGUGUAAGGGAAGGAGGGGAUGUUUGGUUUUAUACUUUCAAAAAAAAAAAAAGUAUUGGUCUCAGUUACAACUCUGGUUUUGGAAGACAAAUUUGGAAUGUGAUUCAAAGGAGAAAAGAUCAUGGAGCUGAAAUGGCUACUGUAUGUGACCCUGCUAGCUCUCGGGACUCUUGCUGUCCAGGCACAUGAUAUGGAUGGUGAAAAUGAUGGUGAUGAUGUGGUUGAUAUUGAGGAUGACUUGGGCGAUGGCAUUGAGGAGGUUGAAGAGUCAAAACCUGAAACAAGCUCUCCUCCUCCAACUCCAAAGGUUACCUACAGGCCCCCAGUCCCAACUGGCGAGGUGUAUUUUGCAGAGUCCUUUGAUAAAGGAACUCUGGAUGGAUGGAUUCUUUCCAGAGCUAAAAAAGAUGAUACGGAUGAUGAGAUUGCCAAAUAUGAUGGUAAAUGGGAAGUCCAAGACAUGAAGGACACUAAGCUUCCAGGAGACAAAGGGCUUGUAUUGGUAACCCGAGCCAAGCAUCAUGCAAUUUCAUCCAAACUUUCAAAGCCUUUUGUGUUUGAUACCAAACCCCUUAUUAUACAGUAUGAAGUAAACUUCCAAAAUGGAAUUGAGUGUGGCGGGGCCUAUGUGAAAUUGCUUUCAAAAACCCCUGAAUUGAACCUGGAUCAGUUCCAUGACAAAACUCCGUAUACAAUCAUGUUUGGCCCUGACAAAUGUGGAGAGGACUAUAAAUUGCACUUCAUCUUCCGGCACAAAAACCCAAAGACUGGCAAAUAUGAGGAAAAGCAUGCAAAGCGUCCAGAUGCAGACCUGAAGACUUACUUUACUGAUAAGAAGACGCAUCUUUAUACUUUGGUCUUGAAUCCUGACAAUAGUUUUGAAAUACUGGUUGAUCAAACAGUUGUCAACAGUGGGAAUUUGCUAAAUGAUAUGUCUCCUCCUGUGAAUCCACCCCGAGAGAUUGAGGACCCAAAUGACCAGAAGCCUGAGGACUGGGAUGAGAGACCAAAAAUCCCAGAUCCAGAUGCUGUUAAACCAGAUGACUGGGAUGAGGAUGCUCCUGCAAAGAUUGCAGAUGAAAAUGCUGUGAAACCAGAGGGCUGGCUGGAUGAUGAGCCAGAAUAUGUAGCGGACCCUGAUGCUGAGAAGCCUGAAGAUUGGGAUGAGGAUAUGGACGGUGAAUGGGAGGCACCUCAGAUUGCAAAUCCUAAAUGUGAGACAGCUCCUGGCUGUGGUACCUGGCAGCGACCAAUGAUUGACAAUCCAAACUACAAAGGCAAAUGGAAGCCUCCUAUGAUUGAUAAUGUGAACUAUCAGGGUAUAUGGAAACCCAGGAAGAUCCCAAACCCAGAUUUCUUUGAAGACUUGCAGCCUUUCAAGAUGACUCCCUUCAGUGCUGUGGGACUUGAGCUGUGGUCAAUGACUUCUGACAUAUUUUUUGACAAUUUUAUCAUCUGUACUGAAAGAGCUGUGGCUGAUGAUUGGGCCAGUGAUGGAUGGGGACUGAAAAAGGCAGCCGAUGGUGCUGCAGAGCCUGGUGUUGUGGGCCAGAUGAUGGCAGCUGCUGAAGAGCGUCCCUGGCUUUGGGUAGUCUAUAUCCUCACUGUGGCUUUGCCAGUGUUCCUUGUUGUCCUUUUCUGCUGCUCUGGGAAGAAACAGCCAAGUGCUGCAGAAUACAAGAAGACUGAUGCUCCUCAGCCUGAUGUGAUGGAUGAGGAGAAAGAGGAAGAAAAAGACAAAGGGGACAAGGAAGAGGAGGAGGAGGAGGAAGCAAAUGAGGAAAAGCUGGAAGAGAAGCAGAAAAGUGAUGCUGAUAUAGGAAGUGCUAGUCAAGAGGAGGAGGAAGAGGAGGAGGAAGAGGACAGGAAACCUGCAUCAGAGGAGGAGGAAACUGUGAAUAGAUCACCCAGAAACAGAAAGCCAAGGAAAGAUUGAAAAAAGUCAUAAGAACUUGAUCUGUAAUUUUUUUUUUUUUCAAACAUGGUUCUGGGAGAGGACCUUGGACACCUUACAUUGAAACUUGGACAAACCUCAAAGAUUUCACCAUCCACAGGUUCCAGUCACUAUCCAAUGUAAUGGAGUGUCUCGCAGUAAAAUAUUUGCAAUCACCUGUUUUAAAGAACAUAAUUCCUGUAGAAAGAAUGCAUUUAAUAUAAUGGGCUGUGGAUUUUGGAAUGUAACAUAACUAACCUUUUCUUUUUUGGUUUUAAAUAUUCUUUUCUGUUUUUAAGUAGAUUGGUAGAGUUUUUCCGGUCUCAAACCUUGGCUUAAUUUAAUAUAUUAAUUAGUGAAAAAUAACAAUGAAUCUUGAAAGUGCUAGGUGAUAAAAAAGCAGUUUUAUAACUAGUUUUUUUUUACAAAUAUGUAAAUUCCUAAAUACAACAAUGUCUUUAUAUCCCUUAAUUUGAUAAUUGUUUAAAAAAAGUUGUCAAUGUAUUUGACAACCCCUCUUCCCUCAAAAGAAAAGAAAACUGGGGGGGGAAUGUAUGGGGAAAUCAGUAGUGAAACUCUCUAUUCAAAUAAUCAACCUUAUUCUUUUGGGGGGAGGGAAGGAAGAAGGGAUGAAAGAAAGGGGUUAGUCAGUCUGUAGAAUAUACAUACUGUGCAUGGCUAAAGCCCUGUUAAGUGUUGACAAACAAUCUAGGAUUUGGAGUGGGUCAUCUUAAUGUGGCAUUUAAUCCUGCGGACCUUGCAGAUAAUGGAUUUUGUUCGUUCUUGAACUCUUUUGUGAAGCUGAUGGGUUGUUGGGGGGCUGUUAGACUACUUCCCCCUUUCCCUGCUGUUCAGCCACUGAUGCUUUCCUUUCUCUGUGACUAUCCAGCUUUUUGAGUGCAGCUCUGCCUCAGUUGCUGAAGCGCUUCGUGUUCAGCUCAUCGUUGAACUCUAUUUUUAUAGCUAGGCCUACUCCUUUCCAGGGUCCAAACACUGGAUAGGACAGUGUCCCAUAUCCUCUCACUGUUAUCACUGUAUGUCUACUCCUGUAGAAAGGGGGGAGGUAGUCAGGUAGACAAGUUGAACUAAGUAUUUGUUUAAAAAAAAAAAAAACAUAAAAAACCAAAAACAACCAACCAAGAUGUCAGUAUUGUAGAUGGGGAAGGAGCAUGUGGAAUAUCUUAACUGGUAUGUGAAACUGUUUAAGUCUUUUAUCUGCUCUUCAUGUAACAAAUGCAUCCUAAAUUAUAUUGUGAAUGUUAGGGAGUUCCAAUUCCAGCUGAAUAAAUUUUUUUUUAAAGUGUUGAGUCUACCAUAUUAUACUGUUUCAAACACUUUUUUUGUGGAAUGCAGGUGAUCACUACAAGAGCAUACCUCUGAGGGUGAAAUCUAUGUAACUUCAUGACACUGUACCAAAUAUGUUGGUGUUUGGAUGUCUAUAUAGAUAAACUUUGCCUUUGUUUAGAGUGAAAUUAAAUGUCCUAAAAUUACUCUUCUUGCACUGAAUUUAAACACUCCAGUGUUGUUUGGUCAUAGCAUAGGUAUAGUGGGGGGAAUAAUUCCCAGGGGUUGGGGAGGGAAGAGUGUUCCAAUUACCUUGCAAACAAUCUAACCAAUUACUAAAAGACUCUUGUUUUUUGGUUUGGUUUUUUUUUUUUUCGUAAAAACACCUUUUGCUGCCUGUCCUUAUGUUGUAUCCCUUGGUUGUUGUGUUUGAAAUACUAGUGAUCACAAAUGCAUAGCAGGAUUUCUUGAUCUUUCUGCAAUGUGCAAAUAAACUAUUGUAAGCAAGAUACUGGAAGUAAUUUCAGACUUCUGAUGGGAGCUACUGCAUGUUUAGAAUGCCUUUGCCUGUCAAACACCUGGUAAAUACUGCUCCUUAUUGCAAAAAUAGCUUAUACUCUGACAUGGAAGAUGUCAUAGCUUAAGCAUUGCUACUAGCUUGUUCUCAGGACUGUAUUUUUAUCAAGGAGCAGCUGCUAUUUAUGACUCUCAGUCCUUUGAGAUGAAGUAUAUGUAAAUCGUUUCAAUUCAGCUAACAUCUUGAGCACAACAUAAAAAUUAAUCCAAUGGUUUUUUUAUCUUAAUAUGCAAAUUGCCUUAAAUUCCUGAAGAAUUCAUGUGCAUACAUGUUCUUUCAAAGCAUCAAAAAGUGAACUUGAGAUCUGCUAUCAGCUUUUAAAUAGUAUUAUAUUAAAACUAAUUGUAAAUCUACAUUUGCUUCUGCUAAAUCUCCUGAAAAGGUCUCCUGUCUGCAUGUUACGGCUUUUUUGAUACCAUAGUGUACGCUUCAUAAAUAAUCACUGCAAUAAAUGAAGACUUUCCAAAAUGGA